CUAAAUUCGUUCUGCAACUUUUCUUCACCGCCAACCAUGGAUGAUACUAUCCGGUCGCUCAUCAGGUUCGUGUCCCGCGGGUUCUACUCCACGCCGUACGUGCUCAUUCUCGACGCCGUGCUACACCACUCCGUCCUUUCUGAGGAUGAUCUCAUUCACUUGUUGAGCAUCAAGCGCAAGGAGCUCCGUUCCCUCUGCAAUAAGCUCGUGGACGACCGUUUGAUGGUCGCCUACAUCCAGAAGGAAGAAAACGGCCAGCAGCGUCUCAUCACACGUACAUACUUCUACGUGCACAUCACCGCAGCCAUCGACUCCAUCAAAUGGAAGGUCCAUUCGUUGGUCAACCUGUUGAAGCAGGAGAUGUCCAGCUACGGAAACCCACAGGGGUACUUGUGCCCACGCUGCGGAAACAAGGUGAGUCAGCUCGAUGCCAUCUCGUUGUUGAGUGAGGACAAGACUUCCUUCAUCUGCGAUGUGUGCCAGGGAGUGUUGGUGGAAGACGACUCCAGCCAGCAGGCCAGCUUGCGCCAGGCCAAGCUCGAGACGUUGAUGAUGCAGGUGGACCCCAUCAUCGGAUUUUUGAAGCGAAUCGACGACUCCAACAUCCAGGACAACGACUUCGAGUCUGCGUUGUUGAAGUCCAUUCCUGCCCAGAGCACCACCAGUGCUACGUACUCGUUGACCAACAGGUCAGGAGUGCGGGCCAAGAACAUGUCGUCAUCGCUCCAGAGCGCAGCUUCCAAGGCCCAGGCCACCUUGCGUGUUUCUAUCACUGCAGACGACGAGAACUACGAACGGGAGCAGUUGGAAAAGGAAAGAAGAAGAGCCAAGUUGGAACAAAACGCACUUCCCUCGUGGCACUCCAACAGCACGGUUGGAGAGUCGACCUUGGGCCGUUUGGACAACGAGGACGACUCCAAGGAGGGCACCCCCACCAUCAAGGAAGAGAGCGACUUCAAGCCAGAUACCAUGGACUCCAAACCAGACGUCUCCAACACCGAUAUCUCGUCCUCAAACCAGACUCCCGAGCCUGCGUUCAAUGUCGCAAACUCCGACCUCAAGGAUAAGGACCAACAAGACGCUUUGGCAGCGUACUAUGCGCAAUUGGCCCAGCAGGACGACGACGACGACGACGAGGAUGAUGACGACGAUGACUUUGACAACUUGAUUUAGAUCUGGCCCAGCAACGACACAGCCAGGAUAGAGUUAUUUACUUAAUUACUAUGAAUAGAGAAGGGAAACGGGCGACAGGAGCCCACAAAGCUGCUACGAUUCCUACUUGGCUCCAACCUUUGCCACACGGCUCUAAAAGAACAAAAAUAGGUGUACCGUAGGGAAAUUCAUGGUGUAUGAGUAAUUGACGAAAUUGUCAUCCAUGUCCGUUAAUCGAGGUUUACUAUUUAACACAAUGCAUACAAAUUUAUAAUGAUAAUAUUAGCCAUCGCCUCUAUGAAAAGGUUGAAAGGAACACAGAAACUGAAGGAAAUGAUAAUUCAAUGCUGAAACCAUAGGAACCCAGACUGGUAAAUGAAUUGAAAUUCCAGAAGCAGACACUGAAGAAAUGAAAGUAGUAAGUAAGAAUAAAUAGUAGGUACCAAGAACAGUAAAUAAUUGAUAAUUGGUAGAGACAGAACGAUAUUGCGAAGA